GCGCUCGCGUUGCCGCCUCAGUGCGUCCAUCCUGUGUCUCCAGCGAACAUGGCCCUGCCCGCUCGCGCUGUGCGUCGGCCGGCCUAACCUCGACAGCGAUCGCGUUGCCGAUGUCGCUCGGGCCCGUGCGUGCAGUGGAGUGACGGCGUGCCGCGGCGCCGAAGACCGUGCUCGUCGAGUGUGACAGUGUUACAGUGCUAGUGAUGUUACUGGGUACCAUGCAAGAGGACGGGCAAAUCCUGGCGCCCGGGAUGGCCGGCGGCAAGGUUCGCGCCACCGACUUCUCCAUCGCCGCCAUCAUGGCGAGGGGAUCGCGCGCCGCGCAGGCCCGGCCCGGCAGGAGUCCGCGGAAGAACACCGAUCGGAUAGCGCGGCGGGAGGCGCUGCGGGACUCUGGCGGGGCGGGGGUGGGCGCGCGGGGCGGGGCGUGCAGCGACGACGACCUGGCCUCCAACGAGGAGGACAUCGACGUGGACGCCGACUCGCCGUCGCCGUCCCCCAAGGCGGGCUCCGCCGCGCUGCGCAACAAGACGCACUGCAACUGCCCGGAGCUGCUGUCCGUCGACUGCCACCUCGAGACCAAGGAGCUGUGGGACAAGUUCCACGACCUCGGCACCGAGAUGAUCAUCACCAAGACCGGAAGACGCAUGUUCCCCACGCUGCGCGUGUCCUUCACGGGCGUGCGGCCGGAGCAGCGGUACGCCGUGCUCAUGGACAUCGUGCCCGUGGACCACAAGCGGUACCGGUACGCCUACCACCGGUCCAGCUGGCUGGUGGCGGGCAAGGCGGACCCGCCCGCGCCCAACCGCCUCUACGCGCACCCCGACUCGCCCUUCUCCGGCGAGCAGCUCCGCAAGCAGGUCGUGUCCUUCGAGAAGGUCAAGCUCACCAACAACGAGAUGGACAAAGGGAACGGCCAGAUCGUGCUCAACUCGAUGCACCGGUACCAGCCGCGCAUCCACCUGGUGAAGUGGCGCGAGCACUGCGGGACCAUCACGGACCUGGACCAGGAGGAGCACCGGACCUACGUCUUCACCGAGUCCGUCUUUACGGCCGUCACCGCCUACCAGAACCAGCUGAUCACCAAGCUGAAAAUCGACAGCAACCCGUUCGCCAAGGGCUUCAGGGACUCGUCUAGACUCACGGACUUCGACAGGGACCCGAUGGACGCCAUGUUCAUGGACCAGCACUUCCUGCGCGCGCCCAUGCGGCUGCUGUCGGAGCUGGACGCGGAGAACAACAACGCGUCGCUGUUCUCGGCCUCGCUGAUGGAGAAGGCGCGCACGCAGCUGCAGAUGUGGGGCCGCGCGGGCGGCGUCCCCGGCGGCGCGCCCUACUCGCCGGCCGAGCUGCACGCGCUGCUGCUGAGCGGCACGCCGCAGCUGUACGGCCGCAUGCCGCUGCCGCUGCCGCACCUGUGGGCCAGCGCGGCGGGCGCGUCGGGCAGCGUGGGGUGGUCGGGGCAGGGCAUGCCCGGGCUGCCGGCGGGGCUGCUGGGCCCGCCGCCGCCGCACAACCACGCGCCCUCGCCCGCGCACGCGAACGCGCACGCGCCGCGGCCGCCCAUCUUCCCCGGCAUGAGCCCCAUGCCGCAGCACGCGCAGCGCUUCCCCUACGGCCCCGGCGCGCCCGCCCCCAAGCCGCUGUCGCCGCCCGCCGUGUCGGCGCACUCGGCGCACGACCCCAGGACUUAA